AUGGCCGCCUUCCUUCUCAUCGCGAUCCUCGUCUACGUGAUGGCCUCGUUCAUGGCCGCUGCUGCGGGCACCAACGUGAACGCCAUCGUGACCCCAACAAACGUUAGCGUCCUGGGCGUUCCAGGGGUGUUCACAGCGCCCCCUGGGCCCAGCUGCGUCAGAAAGGACGCCGCACUCGCCGGCGUGGGCGCUUGUCCUGGUCCCCAGCCACGUCUUGCGUUCGGCUCGACGUGCCAGGCCCUCCCGAACACGACCCCUCUUGUCAUGGGCUGUGUGUCGGUGAAGACGCCAGCAGCCCCACGCGCGACGCCCACGAUGGCCGCAGCGACGACUCGACCACCUUUGCCGAUGUCGACCACUUCAAUGCCAUCCCAAACGACGAGACCUGUCCCCCCCACCACCAAAGGACCAACGACGUCGCCGUUGCAGUCAACCUCACCACGAGCGACCUUGAGUGUUGGAGUCACAUCGCCACCUCCAUCGACGCCAUCUCUUCGAACAACUGAAGAGAUCCACACAACGAAAAGUCCAAUGUAUUUGCAUUCCACGGUGAUCCCAUCCCCAACAAAAGCUCGUACCAAGCACAUUUGGUCGUGGGUGGUUGUGGGGGUAGUGGUGUGUGGUGUGGGGCUGAUGGGGUGCGGCAUUGCCAAGUGGCGUCGAAAUCAAACCACUUCGUUGCCCCCUGGGGAUGGACAUGCUGCUGACAUGUAUCACAUGGCGGCAACCCCCACAGAUAAUGUCCCAGUGCCGUGGCUUGACGUCCCUAACACGUGGCGCAAUGGCAUGGCCCCCAUGGACAGCAUAACAAAGUGGGAUGCUCGGGACGGGGAGGGGAGCGACGCCCUCGUGCUAACGCCUCGCGAAAAGAUCCCCUGCCUUGACACCAUCGGCAGCUACGAAGAUCAGCGGGGAUGUGGCAGCAUUUCGUCCAACAUCAGCAGUCCCCGACGAUCGUCGUCAGUCUGCAGCGACGUUGCCAGCGUUGAAACCGUCGGCAGCUCGGAAGAUCAAAGGGGGUGGGGUAGUGUGUCUUCGAACACCAGCAGCCCGCGAAGGUCAUCCUCCGUCGGCAGCGACGUCAGCAGCGAUGGCCAGAGGGGGUGGGGUAGUGAGUCUUCCAACACCAGCAGCCCCCGACGAUCUUCGUCUGUCGGAAGGGACGUCAGCGAUGACCAGCGGGGAUGGGGCAGUGCGUCUUCGAAGACCAGUAGCCCCCGAAGGUCAUCCUCCGUCGGCAGCGACGUCAGCGAUGGCCAGAGGUGGUGGGGUAGUGAGUCUUCCAACACCAGCAGCCCCCGAAGGUCAUCCUCUGUCGACAGCGACGUCACGGACAACUCAAGAUGGUCGUGAUGACUGCCUUGAACCUCUGGUACCAACUCCAACGCGACUCUUUUCUCCGUGCCACGAUGCCACGACCAUCCGUGACGUACGAUGUUGAAUUGAGUCGCGUU